UUGUGGUCAUUUUUCAUACACCUGUACACACCAUGAAGCCGGGCCUGGAUAAUUGGGUGGAUAUUUUGAUUAUCACCCUCUACUUUGUUUUUGUGAUGCUAGUUGGGCUUUGGUCCAUGUGUAGAAAAGAGAGAAAUACAGCAAAAGGUUACUUUCUGGCGGGUCGCUCUAUGAAAUGGUUUCCAAUCGGUGCAUCAUUAUUUGCGAGCAAUAUUGGAAGCGAGCAUUUCAUUGGUCUGGCUGGCAGUGGGGCGGCCGGUGGAAUUGCUGUCGUAGCUUUCGAAUGGGGCGCAGCACUGUGUCUUCUUCUGUUAGGAUGGGUUUUUCUUCCUGUUUAUUUGUCUUCUGGGUUGUUUACCAUACCUGAAUAUCUCGCCCGGCGGUUUGGUGGAAACCGACUUAGAAUCUACCUUAGCAUUCUGGCAUUAUUCUUAUACAUAUGCACCAAAAUCUCGGUUGACAUAUACGCUGGGUCAGUGUUUGUCCAGCAGGCGUUGGGAUGGAAUACUUAUAUAUCAAUAGCAGCCAUACUAGUGGUCACUGCCGUUUAUACCGUUGUAGGUGGAUUAGCUGCGGUUAUCUUCACAGACACAUUACAAACCAUUAUCAUGUUGAUUGGUUCCGUUGUCUUGGCCAUUUUGGGCUUUGUAAAGGUGGGAGGUAUGAAUGGGCUUAUGGUCAAAUAUUUCGAAGCUGUUCCAACAAGACAUGGAAUGUUGUACUUAAACAAUACUAAUAUGUCUGAUGUGACGUAUUUCAAUUCAACCAAUAACAGCACCUGUGGUCUGCCUCGUGCUGACGCUUUCCAUAUUCUGAGAGAUCCUUUGACCUCUGACUUACCAUGGCCUGGUGUCUUGAUCCGAUCUACGUUUGUAUCAAUGUGGUACUGGUGUGCUGAUCAGGUCAUUGUACAACGUGUGUUAGCAGCAAAAAACAUCGGACACGCAAGGGGAGCUACUAUUAUGGCUGGAUAUCUAAAGUUCUUACCACUGUUUCUUAUAAUUAUGCCCGGAAUGAUUAGUAGAGUAUUAUUUCCAGAUACUGUAGGGUGUGCUGAUCGAGAGACCUGUAUGAAUGUUUGUGAAAAUCCCACUGGUUGUUCAAAUAUUGCAUACCCUCAGCUCAUUUUAGGAUUAGCUCCAAUAGGACUGCGCGGCUUGAUGAUGGCAGUGAUGAUGGCUGCUCUGAUGAGUUCGUUGACGUCAGUGUUCAACAGCGCCGCCACCGUAUUCACCAUGGACAUAUGGAGACGUGUGCGAAAAAGUGCGACUGAAAGAGAACAGCUUAUUGUCGGAAAGAUAUUUGUGCUUAUUUUGGUGGGAAUAAGCAUCCUGUGGAUUCCUUUGAUUCAGGCUGCCCAACAGGGACAGCUGUUUCUCUACAUACAGGCUCUAACUGGUUAUAUAGCUCCACCUAUUUGUUCUGUAUUUCUACUGGCAAUAUUUGUACCCAGGGUGACCGAAAAGGGUGCCUUCUGGGGCAUGUUGGUGGGUCAAAUAAGCGGGCUAAUAAGGAUGGUUCUAGACUUUGUGUAUCCCUCACCAGGCUGUGGCGAACCAGAUAACCGUCCAGCCGUUGUUGCCAAAGUCCAUUUCACGUAUUUUGCCGCCCUGAUUUUGGUUCUUACUGCUUUGAUUGUAAUUGUUGUUAGUCUUUUAGAGAAGCCAAAGAAAAACAACUCGAUAAAAGGAUUGACAUAUUGGACAGUUGAGCCCGUAAGGCCUCCACCGAAGGAAACAUUUAUUCCAGAAACCGUCUUGAAUGAUGAAGAAGUAUCAAUCCAAGAAAGUGACGACAAAUAUGUAACUUAUCCGAUGAAAGACAUUGUAAAUGAGGCUUACCACAGCGACGAGAGUGUCGAAGAACAGGUGAACACAUCUCACUAUGAAGAUAAAUUGAAAGACGAAAUAAACCAAGUCCAGGUUCAGACGACCAAUUCUACUAGUGUUGAAAGGGAACGUCCUGCUUUAAGAAGGACGAAGUCAAACCGUGAUGCCGUGUUCGACAAAGUGAUCAGACAGAGUCAAACAGAAGAGACGGUUACAGAGUAUAGAGUGGAAAACGGACCCGAAACAACUGAUACAGGAAAGGAAGAGACGGGGGAACCUGGAGAAAAAACAGUGGAGUUAAGAAAUAAAAGGAUUAGAGUAAAAAAAAGUUCCUAUGCUAGCGACAUGUCACUGGAGAUCCAUUCAGAAUUCUUAAAGAGAAAGAGUGAGGUGGAGAAAGCCCAAGAGUUAGAAAAGAUUGAGGAGCUUAAAAGACAGGCGGAAAUGGAGAGACAGCGUGAGCUGGAACGCCAACGGGAAAUAGAAAGACAGCAGGAACUGAAACGGUUAAAAGAAAUAGAAAUACAGAAGGAGCUGGAAAGAAUGCAAGAGUUACAAAGGAUUCAGGAAAUCAAACGUAAGGAAAUGGAGAGGAAAAGAGAAAUCGAGGCUCAAAUGAAGAAAGAUAGCAAAGACCAAGUUCAAACCCUGCUGAGAAAUAAACUGUACAUUAGUUCUAAAUUUGACUUCUUCCUAAAUCUGAAUGCCGUCAUCCUUCUCUGUGUGUUUGUAUUCUUGUACUGCAUUUUUGCAUGA